AUGGGUGCAACUUGUUGUAAUUCACAUUUACAUACUUAAGAUGGUAACAUUUAUAAAAUACUAUUUAGAACUAUCUGUUUAAUCAGCAGCAUUUUGUGAUAAUGAUCAAGGUUCCUAGAAAAAAAUAAUUAAAUAAACAACAGCUAAUAAACGAUAAGAUUAUAUACCUGCAUAGACAUUUGGUUUAGGAUUAAAAUAAAAUCUAUCUGAAGAAGGGAAAGAAGUUUAUGAAGAACCUCCGAAGAAGGUUUCUAUGAUAGUGUCAAAAGAAUUAGAAUAGUUGUUAGAACGAUAAAAUUCUGAUACAGAUAGAAAGAAAAUAUUGGAAUAAUAAUCUUUAUAAAGUAUGAUUAAUAAUGAUAAGAAUAGAAAAGGAACAUAAAUUAAAUGUUAACAUAGAUAUUUUUGUAUAAUUGAAAAAAGGUUAAAUAUCUGAUCAUUAUAUUACCGGAUAAGUUCUUGGAGAAGGUGCAUUUGGAAAAGUUUGGAAGGUGACUCAUAAGAAGACUAAAUUAGAUAGAGCAAUGAAGUAACUUAAAAAAAGCUCUAUUUUAAAGGAGGAUAAAGAGAAACUGUUUUCGGAAAUGAAUAUUCUAAAAGAUUUGGACCAUCCUAACAUUGUAAAAUUGUAUGAAUUAUUCGAAGAUGAUAAAAAUUACUAUUUGGUUACUGAGUAAGUACUAAAUUGAUUGAGGAUAGGUAUUGUUCAGGUGGAGAAUUAUUUGAUCGUAUUAAGAGUAUGAACUUCUUUAGUGAGAAAAAAGCAGCAGAAUUGAUGAAAUAAAUCUUAAGUGCUGUUUGGUAUUGUCAUAAUCAAAAAAUUGUGCAUAGAGAUUUAAAACCAGAGAAUUUACUGUUUGUAUCAGAUUCACCUGAUGCUGAUUUAAAAGUAAUAGAUUUUGGAACAUCUCGAAAAUUUGAGACAGGGAAAAGAAUGACAAAAAGAUUGGGAACACCAUAUUAUAUUGCUCCAGAAGUGUUGUUAGAAAAUUAUAAUGAAAAAUGUGAUGUUUGGUCAUGUGGUAUAAUUCUUUAUAUCUUGUUAUGUGGUUAUCCUCCAUUUUCAGGAAGAAGUGAAAGUGAAAUUUUAAAAAGAGUUUAAUCAGCAUAAUUAAAAUUUGAUCCUGAAGAUUGGGGUCACAUUAGUGAAAAUGCUCAGAAUUUAAUUAAGAAUAUGUUGAAUCCCAAUCCUUCAAAAAGAUUUAGUGCUGAGUAAGCAUUUAAUGAUAAAUGGAUAUAAAAUAAUGCACCUUCUAAUUAAGUAAAUCAGAAAGCAUUAUAAAAUUUAUAACAAUUUUAUGCAAAAAGCAAAUUUAAAUAAGCAGUUUUGACUUUUAUGGCAACAUAAAUAAUAACUUAAUAAGAAUAAGAUGAAUUAAAUAAGACUUUUUAAGCAAUUGAUAAAAAUGGUGAUGGUAAACUUUCAAGAUAAGAAUUAAUUGAUGGUUACACUUCUGUUACUAAUAAUAAAGGAUUAGCAAUAUAAUAAGUUGAUCGUAUAAUGGAAUUAGUAGAUAUAAAUAGAUCAGGAGAAGUUGAUUUUACAGGUAUUUAUUUAUUGGUAUUUAUAUUGUUAGAGUUUUUAAUAGCUGCAAUGAAUCAAGAGAAAUUUCUAUCUGUUUAAAAAAUGGAAUAAGCAUUUAAAAUAAUAGAUUUAGAUGGAGACAAUUUCAUUUCAAAAUCCGAAUUAUAAAAUGUAAUGGGAGAUGUUGAUGAUGAGGUAUUUAGAUGUAAUUUAACGAGAUUUGGAUACAAAUAUUAAAGGAAUGUGAUUCUGAUAAUGAUGGUAAAAUAUCACUGGAAGAAUUUUCAUCCUUGUUACAAUCUAAAGUUUUAUGAUUCAUAG